AUGGGUGUUCUGGCGCGCUAUGGCUGCUGUCGCAUCAUCCAGGGUCAUUGCCUAUUGAGAGAGAAGCCCAGAGAGAAUCAUGCUGAGAGGAUUGAUAAAAAAUUUGCAUCAAUUUGCAACGACAAAAAAAAAAAAAGCAAUUUUGUCGUAAUACUUGAUUUUGUUUCAUCUCCAGGUUUCUGUGUUGUCUUAAUGAUUGUCACUGAAGGAUCAUCAAUGAAAGUUCAUCCAGGAGGAAACGCAACACUGUCCUGUAGCAUUAAAAAUGAUAAAGAGAUCACCUGGAUCAUUACGAAUGGAAACCAAACAUUUGUCAGAAUUCUGAGACUAGAAUAUGUUUAUGGUACAGAAUCUAAACCAGAGCCCUCCUAUAUUUACCCCAGUUACGCAGGUCGGAUAAGAGCUCUCAGUUCAUCCACAAACACUCACUCUCUGCUUCUGAUGAACAUCACUGACACUGAUCGCAUGCUCUACUGCUGCACUGACUAUAAGAUUGAGCAAACUCACUGCACAAAACUGGACUAUGAAGAGCAGCAGAAUACAGAAGAGAUAGAGGAUAAAAAAACUAUUGGUAAUUAUAUCAGUACCACAAUAUGGCUGCCAGUGAUCUGUGUACUUCUAUUACUCUCACUGAUGUCAAAUGUGUGUAUGUGCUGGAGAAUAAAAAGACAAAAAAAAGAAAACUUAAAGGAAUCAAAGACAUUAUAUAAAAGUACACAGGACGAGCAGGAGAAUGAAGCUGAUGGAAUUUCAUAUGCAUUUGUAAAUAUAAAUAAAACACAAAGAAACAGAGGACAACAUCAUCUCACACAGGACACAGUAUAUGCAAGCAUUAAAUGAAAAGAAAUGCAUUUGUACAAAAUAAAUAAA